AUGGAUCUGCUACUGAAGGAUUUAGCUGAGAUUUCAGAGCUCCAGGUCAGAGUCUGCAAAGAUGAGAACAGGCUGACCUGCCCACGGCUGCUCUGCCGGGCGACUCAACUGAGUUCUAGAGAGAAUGGUCUGCUGGCAAAGCAUGUGUUUGCGAGAAGUGUACCCCAAAAGGCCAUGGAUUUGGAAGCGUGGGCUGGCAUGGAAGUGACUUACCAUACAAACUUAGGUGAAGAGAUUCCAGAGCUUCCUGUCAGAGAGUCUAAAGAUGAGAACAAGCCAGCCUGCCCGCCGGUGCUCUGUCGGCAUAAGAUUGUUACAGAGGGGAAAAGGAAAAAGUCAUCACCAGCUGAUUUACAGAAGAUAACAAAGUUGUUAACUGUAAGUCAGGAUGUUCUUGCUCAGUCACCAUUGUCCAAACUCAGAGGCUCAGAAUGCUGGGAUUUCCCUUUGGAGGGGUGGACAAGAAGCCUAAGAAAUAAAGUCAUCUGUCUAGACAGCAGAAACACGAAAGCUGCCCGUGGAUGUCCUCCUAAGGCAUUGCCAAAAAGGCAUCUCAGAGUUAUGUUGACGAAUGUUCUGUGGACGGACUUAGGACGAGAAUUCAGAAAGACCCUGCCUAGAAAUGAUGCUAAUUUAUGUGACACCAGCAAGGUGCACUCAGACUCACUGCCUUCGACAUCUGUUGACAGCAUAGAGACAUGUCAAAGAUUAGAUCCUCUUCACCAAAGCCUUAAUUUAUCUGAAAGGAUACCCAGAGUUAUAUUGACGGAUAUCCGGCAAACAGAAUUAGGAAGAAAAUACUUAAAGAUACCAUCUGUAACUGAGGCCAGUUUGAGUGAUACAGCCAACCAAUCAGAGCAACUUUCUUCAUCAUCUGAUGGCAGCUUAGAGUCUUGUCAGAAUGUAAAUCACCACAAGAGCUUUUUAUCUGAAAGUUGUUGUUCCAGUGAUGAAGAAGGACCAGUUGAACAUAAGAAUUCAGUAAUUCUAAAAUCACCUCAUCAAGAUUAUGAGAUUAUGACUGAAAAUCAGAGUACUUCUGAUCCACAGUUGUCAGAACUAACACUAGGUGCAUGUGAAUCUGUACAGGUAUCAUCUGAAUUAUGUCCAUACAAUCCUCACAUGGAAAACAUUUCUUGUAUUAAACCUAAUAGUGAAAUGGAUCUGAAAUUGGAUUUCAUAUUUACUUGUGUGUAUAUUGGUAAAAUAAAAGGAACUUCAAAAGGUUGUGUCACGUUCACAAAGAAGUAUAUUAAAAUCCCAUUUCAAGUGUCUACAAAUGAGAUUUCACUGACAGUGGACACUGCACGUUUAAAGCGGUUUGGGUUAUGGGAAAGCAAGGAUGAUGACCACAGUAAGAGGAGUCGUGCUAUUCUUUUCCUCUGGGUUUCCUCAGACUACCUUCAGGACAUUCAGACCCAACUAGAAAACCCUAUGUUAAGCCAGCAAUCAAAAGCCAAUGAAUUUAUUUUCCUUGAGUUAAACAGUUCCAUUUCACAAAGAGAAGAAUUGAAAUUGAAAGAUAUUAUGAUGGAGAUCAGUACGACAAAUGGAGAAUUACAGCUGUCUUGUCCACUGCCUUGGGUUCAGGCAUUUCCUUUGUUUCAGGAUCUCUCUCCACAAGAAAUCUCUUUUCUUCACUAUUACUGUGCUUCAGCGUCCUCUUUCCCUGUUGCUGCUGUUGCAGACAUGAAGAAGUCAGUGUCUCAGCCCUUAAAUUCAGACACCAUCAAGCCUACUUACACCUUCCUACAUAAACAAAGCAGUGGUUGCUAUUCGCUUUCUAUUACUUCAAGUCCAGAUGAAGAAUGGCGAGAAGUCAGGAACACUGGGCCCGUUCAGAAGCUGAUUGUUUAUCCUCCACCACCUACGAAGGGAGGCCUGGGAGUAACUAAUGAAGAUCUGGAGUGUUUAGAAGAAGGAGAAUUCCUUAAUGAUGUGAUCAUCGACUUUUACCUGAAGUAUCUUCUAUUGGAGAAGGCAUCUGAUGAACUUGUUGAGCGAAGUCACAUUUUUAGUAGCUUUUUCUAUAAAUGCUUGACAAGAAAGGAAAGUAAUUUAACAGAGGAUAAUCCAGACCUUUCAGUGGCUCAGAGGAGACACAGAAGAGUGAGAACAUGGACUCGUCAUAUAAACAUUUUUAAUAAAGACUACAUCUUUGUACCUGUAAAUGAAUCGUCUCACUGGUAUCUUGCAGUCAUUUGCUUCCCAUGGCUAGAAGAAGCUGUGUAUGAAGAUUUUCCACAAACUGUGUCCCAGCAGUUCCAGGAUCAGCAGUCUCAACAUGACAACAAAAUGAUAGAUAAUGAUCCACACACCACUUCAACUGUGUCCACGAGUACAGAGGAUUCCCAGAGUACAGAGACGAAUAUGUCAGUACCAAAGAAAAUGUGUAAGCGGCCAUGUAUUCUCAUAUUAGACUCCCUGAAAGCUGCUUCUAUACAAAACACAGUUCAGAACUUACGAGAGUAUUUGGAGGUGGAGUGGGAAGUUAAACGAAAAACGCACCGUGAAUUCAGUAAAACAAACAUGGUUGACCUGUGCCCUAAGGUCCCUAAGCAGGACAACAGCAGCGACUGCGGAGUCUAUUUGCUGCAGUAUGUGGAGAGCUUCUUCCAGGAUCCCAUUGUUAACUUUGAACUUCCAAUUCACUUGGAGAAAUGGUUUCCUCGCCAUGUAAUAAAGACCAAACGGGAAGACAUUCGAGAGCUCAUUUUGAAACUUCACUUACAGCAGCAGAAGGGCAGCAGCAGCUAGUUAAUCUGUGCACACAUGGCACAUGCUCCUAAGCUCCCUGGAAAGCCGCUUACCAGCAUCUGUGUCAGCUUACAGAGAAGAAAGGAACUCACAGUACACCAUAAUUGUUAAAACGUAUAUGGUAUCUUGUUUGAGUCACGGGCUCUCACAGCUGAAGGCGAUGAAAAAGCACUUAUAGAAAUUAAAAUUUCAAAAAUAUGAUAUUUUUAUGACUAAAUAUGCUUGGAUUAUGCAAUAGCAUAUGUAAUGUGGGAAUGUUUUCCUAAGUAAUAAACCAUGUGAUCUGUACUUCCACAUGACUGGGUGUUGAUGGGAGGUAGGCUCUCCCUGGUGCCAGCCCAGUGCUUGUCAGGUUUGUUGACAAGUCACAUCAUAUUGUAAUUCUAUUCUUUGCAGCUCAAGCAUGCAGUAUGAAUACUGUGUAUUUUUUUUUUAAAGAAAAUAACUUAGUAUCAAGGCUUCAGAAAAUGCCAUUCACGGCAUCUCUUCUGUAUAGUGUGGAAAAAAAAAAGAAAUAUCAUUAAAAAUUUACCCUUUCAAAGUGCAGCUUAUUAUUAUUCUCAAUUGCUAAAUGCAACUAGUUUGCCCUCAUUUUCUCCUCCAUGUAUUUCAAUGUCCUAUAUAGGAUCUGAGAAAUGAGUUCAUUGAUUCAGAUAAAAUGUGAAGCAAAUUUUAAUACCAAAUACUAUGUAGGUAAGCUUUGUUUAUUUGAGGUGUAGCAAUAUAAAUAUUCAUUCCUACAUUAUCCCAAAAUGUGUGUAUACAGUUUCUAUAAAAGAUAAAAUUGGUAUUCUCAUAAUUUUAGCAAAGAGAAUACAUUUAAACUUCUAUUUAUUAUUUAGAACCAAAUAUGUAAUUUUAUAGUUUGGUUUGCCCACUACUCAUCAGCAAAGCCAGAUUUUUCAUUUCUUUUGUAUUUUUAAGUUAUGGUUUUUAAAGCUGUAUGAUCCUCUGUGGAGCUCACGUAUACAGCACUUAAUAUUUUAUUAAAUGUUCAGGUAACAAUUCUACUGAAUUUAUGUGAUGAUGAUGGUAUUAUCUAACAUUUUAGAAUCAUAUGCUAUCAGAAAUAUUUUGAGGGAGAUAUAAUCAUACUGUUUUCUCAAAUAAUGAGUUUUCGAAUAUUAUUUUAAACAUCUCUUGGAUUUGCAGUUAUAACUGUGUGUAAAACGUUUGAAGCUAAGGUAAUUUAAGAUAAAACUAAGAAGUCUGAAAGUUUAUUUCCAAUCAAAUGACUUGGGGUUGUCAGUCAGCCUCCGUGUCCUCAGCGUCUGUAGAUCUUGUCUCUCUUUGCAUUGUUCGAGGUACGUGGCUUUUGGAGAUCUCACAUGAAAAUGAUUUUUAAUUGCGUAUUUUAUUCCCAAUUUGUGUGUGUUGGGGAGAAUGUUUUAAAAUGGCUGUUAUUGUGUUGUAUAUCUAAUUUUGGAAAGCACUUUUGUGAGGCAUCUUAUAAUUUCUGAACUUUUUUGUUUGUGUGUCUUUCAAAGAUACCAUGUUACUUCAUCAUGUUCUGGAGACUGUUUAAAAUUUGUUUUCCUAAAUUCAUGUAGAAAUGAUUUGAGGAUAUCAACAUUUUGUAUUAAACAUGUUUUCAAUUCAUUAAAUUGUAAUUUUUUCCUUUAA